AUGACUACACGUCCCAAAAUUUUGCUGUUAGGUGACUCUCUCACGCAGACGUCCUUCGAAGGAUGGAGUGGAAAACUUGCGGACGUCUUUCAACGACGUGCUGACGUCGUUAACCGCGGAUACUCUGGUUACAAUACAGAAUUCUACCUUCACUUGGACACAGUGUGGAACGAGUUGUUAGUAAACGUCCAGUUGGCAGUUGUCUGGUUCGGCGCAAACGACGCGGGGCUGCCUGACUUGGCCGCCCAUCACCACGUUCCAUUGGAACGAUAUCGAGAAAAUUUGAACACAAUUCUCAAUCGCCUUCAAGUUCAAUUUAAGCCACCACGAAUUAUUCUUAUCACACCGCCACCAGUCCAUCACGAGCAGCGGCUAGCGCACCAAGUGCAACGUUAUGGCGAGAAAGCAACGGGAGAGCUGGAACGAACUCUUGAGCAAACAAGAAAAUACGCUUUGGCCUGCCAACGGGUCGCCUCAGAAAAAAAAUUGCCCUGUUUAAACUUAUUCGACCUGAUGCAUUCUGAAGCCGACUUUGGUCGAUUCUUCCACGACGGUCUUCAUUUUUCCAAAAAAGGACACGAAUUCGUUGCAAACGCACUACUACGCGCUAUCCAGGAGCAUUUUGCGUCAUUUGCUGUGGUUCCAGAUCCGUACACAAGCCAAUGGUGCAACUCGGGCUCACAUUGUGAGUCACUCUCAUCCCAAGGUCCGUAUCAUGACCAAAUUGACCACUCAGAUAUCGGGAAAGCGUUCCCCCUGUAA